AUGUCAAAGUCCACAGGAUACGUUCAAUCGGAAAACCGAAAGAGAAGCCACAUUGAUACCGAAACUGGUAAUGAGCACGAUUCGGAGAUGCAGUCGCGCAAGAUUACUCUGCACAUGGAAAAUCAAGAGCGGGCCUAUGUAGCAGCGUCUCGCCGCACCGACCGUAGCCUCGAAGCGCGAUAUCAAUCCGCUCUCAUGGCCAGUGAAGUACACAAAAGGCGAACCGGAAAGGCUCUUCGCGUGACGCACCAAAUAGUACGAGACGAGGAAAUGUACGAAGAGGAAGACCAGGGCCUGCCCUCACCUUCGCGCUUCUCGCAGAAUGGAGAUCGUCGCAGGACCUUGUCGCAGACUGAUGCAUACAUUGCCGCUCUCAUUGCGAGAAAGUCGGGCAUGCAAAACUUUUUUGAGCACAAUCAUGCCUUGUUCAAAUCACCGCCCAACAACAAUGCGACGUGGACGGAACAGCCGCCCUCGACGACGCCGGCUUACAACUGCUGUUCGGCACCUUCGGUACACCAACCGAUCGGGUGCGAGAUUCCGAAUCAUGACCCCGCCACCUUUUCCAAGAUGAAUACCCACGCUUCACCAAACCUUUUUGAUGAAUCAGGACAUGGCCUGGAGCAUUGCUUUACAGAGUCGACUACUUUUCCCGGCAUCAUCUCUCAUGCCCAUACAUCAUCAAGUGGCUCUUCUUUGAGCGACCUGUCAUCCUACGAUUCCAACUACAUUUUCGGAUCUGGCUCGAAUGACCGGAAUUCGAGCCCAGAGUCUUCUGAUUUGCGGUUAGAGGAUUGCUUAGUAGGCACGGAUGGGGAAGACCUUUUGAACUUUGCGCCGAACGAAUUACUAGUUGGAUAUGAUGCGCAAUUCAAUACUCUGUAA